UUAUCCUUACUCUCUCUCCCCCUCCAACAAACCUCCUCUCAGUCAUCUUCUCUAAAUGUUGGGACCCUUCGAGAUGCCAGGGAGCGUAAGCUGGGGAGUGGUGGGUCUAUUGCUGUUGGCGGCAUGGGUCGUGAGGGCUUUGGAGUGGGUGUGGUGGAGGCCUCGGCGGCUGGACCGCGUUCUCCGGGAUCAGGGGAUCAAGGGUACCCACUAUCGAUUCCUCUACGGAGACGUCGAGGACGUGGACCGGGUCUCCAAGGAGGCCCGAUCCAAGCCUAUGCCUCUCACUCACUGCAUUGUCCCUCGCGUCCUUCCAUUCCACCACCAACUCAUCAACGAUCACGGUAAAAUAUCAUUCAUGUGGUUUGGGUCUUAUCCUCGAGUGAUCCUUAACGAUCCAGAACUGGUAAGGGAGGUCCUGUCAGGCAAGUUUGGUCACUUCGAGAAGCCCAAGGUAAACCCACUGGCGAGGCUACUGGUUACAGGAGUUCUAAGUUAUGAAGGUGAAAAAUGGGCCAAACACAGAAGGAUCAUCAACCCUGCUUUUCAUCUAGAGAAAUUGAAGUGCAUGUCACCAACCUUCUAUACUUGUUGUGAUGAACUGAUCAAAAGAUGGGAUAUGCACAUUCGUUUGCAAGGAUCUUGUGAAUUGGAUGUUUGGCCUGAAUUCCAAGGUCUUACCGGAGACGUCAUCUCUCGCACAGCAUUUGGUAGCAGCUUCAAAGAAGGCCGACGGAUAUUUCAACUCCUAGAAGAGCAAGCUGAGCUUGGUAUUCAAGUUAUUCAAAAUAUAUACAUCCCUGGUUACAGGUUUGUUCCCACCAAGACAAACAAACGUAUGAAGGAAAUCCAUAGAGAGAUUUGGGCUCUUUUGAGCAGAAUGAUUGAGCACAGAGAGAGGAGCAUGAGAAAGGAAGGAGCUACCGAUGAUGACUUGCUACGGUUGCUAAUGGAAUCAAAUUUUAGAUACUCCCAAGAACAAGGAGGCUCCAAGAACACUGGGAUGACCAAGGAUGAUGUGAUUGAGGAAUGCAAGUUGUUCUACUUUGCUGGGCAUGAGACGACAUCGGUUCUCCUAACUUGGACCAUCGUUGUGCUAGGCAUGCAUCCUAGCUGGCAGGCUCGUGCGAGAGAAGAGGUUCUACAAAUCUUUGGAAAAAAUAAGCCAGACUUUGAUGGCUUAAGUCAAUUAAAGAUUGCGACUAUGAUUUUGUAUGAGGUUCUUAGAUUGUAUCCACCACUGUCUGCUGUCGUACGGGAAACCUACAAGAAAAUGAAACUGGGAGAUUUCUCCUUUCCCCCAGGAGUGCAACUCUAUCUGCCUAUACUCUUGAUACACCACGAUCCAGCAUUUUGGGGAGAAGAUGCCAGUGAAUUCAAUCCAGAGAGGUUUGCUAGUGGAGUUUCAAAGGCAUCAAAGAUUCAAGGGGCCUUCCUUCCGUUUGGUUGGGGUCCCCGAAUUUGUGUUGGGCAGAGCUUUGCCAUGAUGGAAGCUAAGAUGGCUUUGGCCAUAAUUCUUCAGAAUUUCUCAUUCGAGCCUUCACCAUCAUACGCCCAUGCGCCUUACACUGUAGUUACUAUUCAUCCCCAAUAUGGUGCUCAGAUGAUCUUGCAUAGGCUCUGAAAUCAUUUUAGCAUCAAGGUUACAGAUACCAUUGCUAAUGUCGUCAAAAUAAAUGUUAUGUUCAAAACUUCAUAAA